AGAGUGUACUGGCGAGAAUGCACGCCGCUCGCAAAUGUUGCAUUGAAGGCGAGUUGUGGCGAUUUCGUAAUGGACACUGUUGCGCCGUCGGUAAGGCAUUGGUGUGCUGUAAUUCGGCACCUGGAUGAGGCGCUAUUGCAUUAAGUGUGUAGCAGCAGGUUGUUGCGGAUUGAAGAGGUUGUGAAUUGAUGGAUUGGAGGAGAUUUGUGGCUGCGUUGAAGGAGAAUAGGUGAAUUACGACGUUGAAGGAAGCGAAUGUGGUGACAACAUGUCGCAACCACUUGGAGAGGCGGACUUGCUUCGAGGGAAGAAGAGGCGGUCGAGCGGGGGCGGGGGUUUGGUGGCAGGGGAGCAGGGGUGGAGUGAGGAGAUGGAUGCUAUGUUGGAGACGCUGGUGAGGAAUGAUGACCUAGGGAUGUUGAGCAGUGCGUUGGAGCGGAUUAUUAUGCAGCAGAAGUCGGAAUUCGAGAAGGCAUACGUUUUGGAGAAGUCAGCGUGCUUUGGUUUGCGGUUGCACGAGGUGGCGGGUAAAUUGACGCGGCAGCAAGCUGCUCAGCACAAUUCUGCCGUGUGGCCUCUCACGCACGACCUGACGGUCAAGGUAUUCUCUCUCUUAGGCACACAAAGCUUGUGUCAGGCUGCAGUAGCAUGCAGUAUGUUUAACAGAAUGGCCAUGGAUCCCGCCUGCUAUGUGGAGGUGGAUUUGACCAUGCGAGGACUGGUCACUGUUGGCAAUCACACUGUUUCCAAGCUCGUUCAUCAAGCUGGUCAAUGUUUGCGGUCUUUAAAGUUGGGAGCACUACCUCGUCUGAACAGGACACCUCCGGUGAUGAUUGUUCCAAAAUUAGACUCAGCUGGCGAGCUACAGCUGUUUCCUGUUGAUCUCUCUGUUACACCCAAUCGAGUUUUUCCUACAAGAUGCAUGGCGUUUGGUCGUGAUUCCUUGACCAAAUAUUGUCUCGACUCCCUUACAGAAUAUCAUGGACUUGCUGGGUCUUCAUUGACCAAACUUCACCUUUUUAAUUUGGAGAAGAUGGACACUCACCACCUUUGCCGAGCACUAUCUGCGUGCCCUUGUCUGACUGAUCUGGAAGUUGUGGGCCUCAGACGAAUAAGUAUGCGGACUUUAAUAGAGUGCUUGGGGUCUCACUGCCCGAAACUCAACCGUCUGUACUGCGAGCAAGGAAAAAUGGAUUGGAAACAAUAUCCCGAAGAGAGCCUGAAAACAAAGUCAUGCAACCAGCUUAUCAAGGGGUGUCCUGAUCUGUCUUACCUUGCCUUGCGCGGCUAUGGAGUAUCCGAUCGAAGGGUGUUCAUGUUGCUAAAGGGUUUGCUCAAGCUGUCUACAGUAGACUUUUGUGGAGCAUUAAAGCUUACUGGUGUAUUUCUCAGAGGUAUUGUGGGACCAGGAGAUCAACCAUCGCAAUUAAAUACAAUUUUGCUACGGGAUUGCCAUAGGCUUAAAGAGGCUGAAGUGGAGCGUUUCUUAUACAUGCUCAUCAGUGGGGAAUGCAAGAAUCUUCGCCAUCUUGAUAUCUCCAACGAGGGUGGACUUGCAGCAAGAGAUUGGUUUCACAAACCAUUGAGCUCAAGCACAAAGCAGGCUAUAUUACGGGUGCGACAAGAGCGGACUCUGCUGUGUCUUCUCGCUGAUUUCCCUGAUCAGAAAAGCAGUGAAAGUGGCUCAAUGUCAGACAGCUUCGACGAUAGGGGUGACAGCGAACCACUAGGGACAUACUCUACUGAUUCUUCAUCCAGCUCUGAUAGCGAUAGCGACGAUGGUGAAUUUUUGAGUCCUAUGAGUCCUGAAGACAAUCCUUUGCAUCGCUGGUUCGAGAGCCCAUAUCCUGGUGUCAGUGACAUUCUGGAGUCCGAACCAGAGUGAUGAUGAUCGGCACAUGAGCAUAUUUCCCAAUGGUCCCCUUGAACUUGACACCGACUUCAGUUUGGAACAUCAUGAUGGCUAUCCUCCUGUGAGGGUUGAACAUCAGUGGCCUGGGGUUGAUAGUGAGCAUCCAUUACUGGUCCCUCGUUGCUGCAUUUAUCGUGCCUUGGAUUGUUGCAUGAAGAGAUGAUGGUAUCUCUGAUGACAUUUUCCAGUUAAACAUCUUCCGGUUGUCAUUCUGAGGGAAGGUUUGUGCAGUGGGUUCAUCAGUCCAGAGUUUCUGCAGACGCAGUCUUGUGGUUCUCCUUCAGGAAGUUAGCAAAGCUGCAAAUUUGAAUCUUUUAGAAAUGUUUCAUGUGGAUGUCACACCACUUUAUACAAAAAAUUGGUGACGGUUUUUAAAAAUUGAGACCUUGGAUUAAAAUUCUAGGUCUAGUCAUUCUCACCA